AUGUUGCGAAUUUAUGCCUUAUGGCGUGCUGAGCAUUGCGCUCCUCUGGGGGUUGGGGUUGAAGCUUGGAUCUCAUGUCAGAAAGCUUCUUGUGCCGUGGAUCGAAUGCGUCGAUCCCAAAAGGACACCAGACCUGAUUCAUUGAGCCCCUUUAACGAGGGAGAACUCUCCGUUGUGCCGCUAAUUAACCUCAUGAGUGAAUUUCCAUAUUCUACCGGCUACACACAUCCCCGGCAGGCCCCAGCUACCGAUAACUACAUCUACGGACAAUACCCUGUUUUCAGACAAGUUGGGUACGCCCACAACUGGAGUAGUGUGACCGACCAGACAGUUUCCUCAAAAUUCACCAGCGCAUUCAAUACAUACUGGCAUGCGUCACUGUCUCCAUUUAUCAUAGGAAGUACGUUACCAGUUCAGGCAGUGAAUACGUCUAUAUUUGACAGUGGUCUACCAUCUUUUAAUAUGAAUACAGCGACGACAUUGCGAUCUAUCAUGGUUUACCAGAUAGAGUGGACAUGA